AUGAUAAACAAUCCGAUAGUGCAAUCAUCAGUGAAAUCAUUUUGGAUAACCGUUGAACCAUUAUCCGUUACAUGGACUAAGGGAUGUUUAGCAGCAGCCGGAUGUGAUGAUUCCAGGCUAACCUUAUCUGAAUGGAAUUUAGUUAGCGACGAAAGAAUUUCAUCCAGCUGGUCUAUACAAGAAUUUUUCGAUUCUUCACAUAUGUUUGUAAGUUAUUGGAAUAAAGGAAGGCCUGCUGAUAUAACGUUCAAUUAUGAAGUAAUAGGCGCUGAUCCAAUUUAUGGAUUCUCAAGAACGUGUGAUUCCACGCGAGCAGUUCGUGUUUUUGAUGAUAAGCAUAAAUUAGAAUCUAAAUCAGCAGGACAAACAAUCACAACAACAACAAAAACAACAACAACAACAACAACAAUUUUCUCGCAACAAUCUGAUAAAGUAACUUUAAAUUUAACCGGUAGAUGUUUUAAUGCGGCGAUAACCAUACAAAAAUAUGAAUCAAAUUGUCCAUGGUGCUCAUGCGGUGAAAGAUACGCAAUUAUUGGUCAGUUAUCGGAAUUUGAAUCGCACGAACCAUCAUUGAAUAGUUCAUCUGAAACAUUGGUUGACAUAAGCUUAAUGACACUGUCAGCGAUUGCAAUCGCAACAUCUGCCGCAUUUUCAUGCGUGCUAAUUGCAUAUCUUCGAGAACGACGAUCUAAUUUUGCAAGAAAUGCUGGGAAGUGUGAGAUGAAAUGUUGCAACAAUUAUUCAACAGUAUGCCGAGGAUAUCAAACAACUUCACAUAAGAAACGAUUAACCAAUAUUGAAAUUACAAGGUAA